UGCAACAGGUGUCGCUCCGCUCUGGUCACACCGGCAGUGGGUGUAAAAAAUUGGCCAAGAAAAAAGGGAAAUAAAAGGGUUGCUUUUCGACUUAGGGCGUUGCAUUCUGGUGCCUCACGAUCCGCAACGAUGUUCACCGCAUUCACCGACCUGGCCCGCCUGUGCAGGAUCUGCCUGCGGCACCUGCGGGACCGGGAAAGCCAGUGCCCCGAUACCCGACUCAUCGCGAUCCUCCAGAAGUUCCUGGACAUCGACAUCCUGCAGCAGCCGCACGGCCUGCCCACGGAGAUAUGCAACCUGUGCCACAAUGCGGUCGUCUACUUCGAGGAGCUCUGCCAGGUGGCCAGGGAAUCCAGCCAGAAGCUGAGCGAAUGGCAGGCGAUGGACCGGGGCUUCCGCAGGUGAAGGAGGAGCCACUGGAGGAAGGCAUAGCAGAAAAUGUCAAGGAAAACCAUCAGGAACUGGGGGCAGAGCAGGAAAAGCUGGCGGAUGGCAUGCCCGAGGAGCUGGCAGAGAAGCAAGAGGAUCAGGAGGAGGAGGAGGCGCUAGAGGAGCAGCAGUACCAAGAGGAGUACGCGGACAGCCAGGAGCAGCUCAACCAGCCCGCUGGCAACAAGAGACGCGCCGGCCUGGCCUGCGACCAGUGCGGCAAGCAGGUGUACAAGCUACCCUACCUGGAAGCCCACAUCCGCAGCGUCCACCAGGGCUAUUCGAAGCCCUUCCUGUGCCGCAGCUGCGACAAAUGCUUCACCCGGUACGAGCAGCUGCGCUCCCACAUGCGCAACGCCCACCCGCAGCUGGAGCAACUGCAGCAGGAGCUGCGCGACCUCAUCUGCGAGCUGUGCAACCGGCAGUAUAGCACGAAGAAUGCAUUGGGCGAGCACCUGAAACGGCAUGCCCAGCGCAAGGAGCACGUGUGCGAGCACUGCGGCGUGGCCAAGGUGACGCGGACGGAGCUGUUGACCCACCUGCGCACCCACAAUCCCACCUGGGAGCGCUUCAAGUGCGAGCAGUGUCCGCAGCUGUUUCGCCACAAGAGCGCCAUCAGCCGGCAUGUUCGGGUGGUCCACGAGGGCCAGCGGAGGUUCCAGUGCGGCCACUGCGAGAAGAAGUUCGGCACGCACGCCUCGCAGGUGCGGCACGAGCGGCUGCACGUCGGGUCCACUGGCGCCGGAGCAGCAGAGGCCGCCGAGGAGUGGCCCUUUGCCUGUGCCCAUUGCCAGGAGCCCUGCGUUUCGCGGCAGACUCUGGAGUUGCAUCUAAGGAGGCACAGUGGCCGAAAGGCCCACAGGAAGCGAAGGGAGGAGCAGGACCAGGAUCGGGAGAGUCUAGAGGAUCAGGAAGAGCACCUGGAGCGACUUCGCAAGAAGAAAAAGUUGAGGAAACGGAAUCACCCAAAGGAAGGCCACGCAAACGAGGCAACCAAGCAGCCAAAGGAGAGACAACAAGAUCAAGAGUGCCAGGAUGGGGAGCUGGAUCCGGAGCAAUGUCCUCUGGAGGAAUGGCAGCACAAAUUGGAGCUGGAGGACCCACAAGAUCCCGAGUGGCAGCACAAGUUAGAGCAGGACGCAGAACCACACGACGAUCCGCAAAUGGAGCUGUCAGAAGAGCACUUUCAUGACCUUAAAUCGAGCACUUCGAAAGCCUUAUGAUGAACUAGAGUUAAGUUAGUAAGCCCAUCCAAUAUAUAUGUGUAUAUUCGAUGAAUUCCCAAGAAAUCGUAGCCUCGAUCAUGGCCGAAUAUUCCACGGUGUGCUAUACCUAGCAAAAAUUGUUGAAUAUUUAACCUUAAGCGUUUUUUAACGUUGCUAUUACAAUGUAUUAAAUGAUUUUAUAUAUCCCGUUUACUGAAA